AGACAGAUUCACUAGAUUAAAUCAAAUAUCAAUUUUAUUAAAUCUGGAAACUAUUGAUGAAAUUCAUGAAUAUUGGGGUGGUUCAUCAAAAUCAUCAUCAGAUUUUAUAACUUGGAGGUUAACUGUCAUGGAGGUUAAAAGGAUUGUUGGUUUAAGGGUUGAUUUUAAUGAUGAAGAAAUUUCAACAUUAAAGUUAUAG